AGCGCAGAGCUGGAGACAUGACGGCCAGUAGGGAGGAGAGGCGACACAGAUAGAAGGACAGCAGCAUUGGUCGUUGAGCUUGAUGCUUUUCAUUCCAUUCAAUAUGACAUGAAAUGCUGCACACUGAGGUUUAUAGUGGGAUAAUCAUCAUUUAAUUUGGAGACUUUUAAAGUAGCAGAGAAAUGAAGACGAGCAUUGGAAAAUCACAAAACUUUGGCAUCGACGCGCUCCUGGCCCCCCCGCCGGACCGGGACGAAGUGUCCUCGGGGUCGUACGGCCAGAGUCCCGGGGACAGCCCGGGGUCCUGCCCCGGCUCCGAGACCCCCUCCCCUCGGCGGACUCCGAAUCACCACGCUCACAUCACCGCGAAUCUGCUCUCUAAAUGCCCGCUCCUCAGCUACUCCCAGUCGGGGUUUCCAACGAUGUCCCCGUCGGUUCAUCCCGGAUUGUACCCGGGCUCCAUGUACCACCUGGCCGCCCUGGGGGGCCAGCACCCCGCCUUCUUAUACCCGGGCUUCCCCCAUCUGGUCCAGCCUUGCCCGGAGCAGUUUAAAGGGUCGGGUCUGACCGGGUCACCCCAGCUGGAGUCGUGGAUCAGAACUGGGAUGUUACCCAGAUUUGGAGAUUAUGCAGCGUCCUCGCAAGCGGGGCUCCUGGGGAAGUGUCGAAGGCCCCGCACCGCCUUCAGCAGCCAGCAGCUGCUGGAGCUGGAGAACCAAUUCAAGCUCAACAAGUACCUGUCCCGGCCUAAGAGGUUCGAAGUGGCCACCUCGCUGAUGCUCACGGAGACCCAGGUGAAGAUCUGGUUCCAGAACCGUCGAAUGAAGUGGAAGAGGAGCCGCAAAGCCAAGGAGCAGAACGUCCCUGGGACGGGGAGCCCCGGGGCCGGGCGGGACCAGGCAAGGCCCGGGACUGGGAGCCCCGGGGGCGGGCAGAACCAGGCCCGGCCGCGGGACAGAAGCCACAGCUCCGGCCUGGAAGACGAGGAAGAGCUGGAGAGGGAGCAGGACGACUACGAAGAUGAGGAUGAUGAGGAUGAUAAUGAGAGUGACGAAGAAGAGAUCGAAUUGAUGAACCGCGGGCCGAGCACUUCGGGGGCCGCUGGCCUCCGGAAGAACAGUGGGGGAGGGAGGGAGGUACGAUGAGAAGAGGAAGAGGAGGGGUCCGGGAUGAAGAAUAGGCUUUGUCUAUCGAGUGAAGGAUUGGCAGUUUUAUUUGAAGGUCCUUUCAUUCUUCUUCAGAUGAUCACAAGUAACUCAUUGAUUCAUUACCAACGGAUCAGAUGCCUUGUUGGACCUAUUUAUGAUCCCUUAUUUCCACCCUGGCUUUGAUAGACAUUGGGCCAGACCGGUUCUUAAUUCCUGGAGCCUCGGUUUUAUUUUUAUAUCCCAGGUAAACCAGGCUAAAGAGCAAUGGGCAUCUGACGUUCAGGAGCCUGCGUUUGGAAGGAGAAUAAUUGAGGAGAAGUGACAGAUAUUUUAUAAAAGGCGUAUUACCAUUACCCGUACCCUGAGCCAUCGGUCACUCUUGCUUGAAACAAUGCAAUGUAUGAAUGAAAGGAUUUGGGUAGGAAAUGGCCUCCAAAUGUAGCGAAGGACCAUGUAGGCCUGCCUGGAUCUUGCGUGUUUAAUGAAAUAAAAGCAGAUAUGGCUCUUGUGUAUGGAGGAUAGGAUACUGGGAUGAUAUUGUAAGUAGUGUACUGUUACAGUUUUUUAAUGGUCAGUUACAAAUACUUAAAAUGUAAACAAAAUUAAAAUAUACCAUCCCUUUCAUUUCUUUUUGAAGUUAACGGGUUAGGGCUAACCCUUUUAAGUUAAAAAUGUAUAUCUAAUACACGCAAGAAAGAUUAACCCAAAUCUGCAAUGUAUGUGACUUAAAAAAAAAGUGUGAUGUUGUAAAUGUUCAUUUAAUACCAUAUAUAUCUUAAUGUAAAUCUUUUGCCAGUAGCCAGUAGUCAGUCUGAGCCAUUAUACUUUAAAAUUCCUAUUUUGAAAACAAUUUCCUGUGAAUUACUGCAGUUAAUGUGUAACCUAGUGUAUCCCCAUGUUUUGUACCUCAUCUUAAUAUUAUAUGAUUGUUAUUUAAUUUACGAAAAUCUAGAGCCUAAUAUAUUUUACUCUAAAAGCAUCAGCAGUUCUUUGAUUUUGAUGAAAAUUAAAUUGAUGAAAAUAAAUGUA